AUGGACCACGAGACCUCAGGUGCCCAAGAAUGGCACUUACCAGGUUACGGGCGAGUCGUGUUCAAAUCCAAUGAAACUGGACCUCGGCCGGUGGCGAGCAAACCCCGAGAGCUACCAACCAAGCCUCCUGCUCCUGUUAAGAUCUCAACUCCACAAAAUAAUGGUGAAACUACCACCAGACAUCCAGAGAGCACUGGGCGCACUAGAGGCACAAUUCGAUCUAUGAAAACGCGUGGUGACUUCAGAGGCAAGCCAUCUUUUGCGCAUGCUGUAUUUUCGCGCCAGACCAGCCGUCUAUUUCGAGACUCCCCGGCAAAGUCAAAAUGGCGAACAGGUGUUGAGCCUGCAUACUCCUUGAAAUUACCUGCCCCCUUUGGCUCUUUCAAACAUGAAUUCUUUAGCAUAGCUAGAACGUCCCUUUUAGGUGGAGGCCAUUCGGAAUCUCAAGGUCGCCAUGAAGCUUUCGAGGCCAUAUGUCAGAACACGGGUGCCUACAUAAAACCACCAUUAUAUACCGAUUUUUCAAUCUGCAUCUGGGGCGAGGUAGCCCAGGUUGCUGCAGCCAAAGAACUUCUUGAAAAGCUUAUUGCAAGAUGUAUGAGGCUGUCACACUCCUCGAAAAAGCCUGAAUGGCCCAAGAUUAAAUCUCACUCUCUAAACAAAGAAGCAACUGUUGAUAUGAAGGAGAGGCAUGAAAACAUGUUGAUUCAGCUUAGGAAGGCCCCAGACCCAUUUACAGAAUUUCCAGAGCAGCUGCUCUUCCUCUGGCCAAAAGAAGGACCGUCCCUCACUGAAGCUCUUGGGCCACAACUUGAAGCCCUCGAUCUCAUCCGUUCCAAUUUUCUCUGCCAUGUGUUCGUUCUAAAGGAACUCGGCAAUUACAUCUGCGUUGUCAGUCAGGACCAUGACACCAUAAAACAGGUUGCACAUCGUCUGAGGACAAAAUGGGGCGAAGUGAUCGCCAAAAACAAUAUCAGGUCCAAAGUUUAUAUUGCAGAACCCCCUGAAGCUUGUUCUAUGAAAGGAGAGGUUGUGGUUGAAAGGAAAGCUAGUUGCCACAAAGCCCGGCUCGAUGGAGAUUUGCUAAAUGGAGCUGAAUUGGAACACUGGCGCACCCGAGUGGCCCUGAUACUAUCCAAGAACAACGCUCGUCUUGUGAGUGCGGUUGAAGAAUCUUUAAGAGGACUUGUUUUUGUUCGCGGGCAUUUGCGUAUGCGAGUAAAUCUUGGUUUGUUUAUUCUUGAAAAUUACCGUGCCCCUCGAGAUGGCAAACCAUCGUAUGGGUUCGAAGAGUUCAGAGAGAUGCUGUUAUAUGAGCAGACGAAAGGCCGUCUGAUUCCGGGUUUGAAAGUCGAUCAAAAUGAGCUUCUUGAGAGAUGCUACAAAGCUACGCAUCUACUUGAGCCCUACGAAACGACAUCUUCCUCACUGGAAAAUGCCGAACUAGCAUACUCCGUCAAUUUUGAGUUUCUGGGUUCAAACAACUCGAUGCUUCGCCUGGAGGCAGAAUUUGCUAAAAGUCCUGGCGCACAGGACUAUGAGAUUACCCAGAGACGAUGGCUUAGGCCUCGUAAGAGCGGCCAGUCUAGUGACAAGCAGCCCCUGCUACAGAUCGGAGUCAUUGACUUUGAAAGGUCCGAUUGGCAGCUCGAAAUUAAGUCUCUAGAAUUUCAUGAAACGGCUUCGAUUGAUGCUGCGUUGAGGUCGUUUUCGCACUCCAUUGGCUUCCGGCGUACUGGGACCAUGAGCGAUAUUUGUGCAAAGCCUCAAAGGAAAGUAGUCUUUCCCAACUCAGCCCCGGUGUCUAGGUUCGUGGAAAAGACCGCCAUUCGAUAUCGGCUGAAAGGCACGAAGUAUACACUGGAGAUUGCUCGAUAUGAUGAGUAUAGCCGUACCAAUGUUCCCGCCUUUCCGGGGCAGAGCAUAGCAUCAAUGACAAGUGAAAUAUCUGAUGUCCCCUCCACAUCCUGGGGGGCGUCGGUGUUCGAUGCUAAUUGGGACAACUUGCUGGGGGAGCAUGCUAACCUAUCCGUUGGACAUUCGGCUGGAUACGAUGCCGACAUAAACACAUUCUUCCCAUCUCAAACUGGUCUAGGCUCGGAAGACAAACGCUCAGGUUUCUGGGAAUUCGCAGCCCUAGUGAAGCAGGUGGCAGCACUUCUUGGCCCGGCAUCAAUGUCGUCCCAGAGCACUGCCGGUGUCCAGCCGUCCCCAGCAGUUUCAGAUCCUAUUAAAGUUCAAAGUGCUUCGAGGGAACUUUCGCCUACUCUGGGAGUCCAACAAUUUACUGAGCUGUUGCACACAGAUCUUGGUACUUUGUUCUAG